AUGUAUAUCAUCCACUCGGCAGAAGUGAUUGAUGAUAAUCCACUCAACGUUUCCGACCAUCACCCAGUUGUAUGCCUUCUUGCAAUUGACCUACCUAGUAAACCAGCUGCAAAUCCUCCUAUACGUAGACCAGCUUGGAACAAAGCCCUCCAGAACGGCUCAAUCAAGGACUACACACAUGCAGUCUCUAACUCCCUCUGGGGCAAGCAGCUGCCAGCUCGAGACUGUGACAGGGAAGAUAUUGAACACCUUACUGAUAUAAUUACUAUGGCCCUCACUAUGGCUGCGUCUGACUGUCUUCCAGUGAGACAUUUCAGGCGUUAUCUAAGACCAUACUGGAAGGAACAAGUGAAAGACUUCCACGACCUGAUGUUAUCUUACAGACACAAAUGGAUUCUAGAUGGGAGACCUAGAGGCAUGACUUACACUAGCUUCCGUGACUACAAGAAAUCCAAAGACAAAUUUCGAGCUGCUAUGAAAGAAGCUGCAGCACUUUAUGAAACAGAGCACUUCAACAAUCUUGAUAAACUAUAUGACAUUGACCAGAAAACAUUCUGGGCUCUCCUCAACAACAGAAACAAGAAAUCACACAUUUCAACCAUAAGUGUAUCAGGGAACCAUACCACAGAUUCCUUGGAAAUCUGCCAUGCACUCGCUGACCACAUGAAGACUAUAUUCAGCAAAGGGGUAGAUGAUCACUUUGACCAGAACUUUAAAGACCAUCUAGAAGGCAGAGUUGCUGAACUAAAACACUGUACCUCUAACAAGAUAAUCGACGUCAAGUGCCUUCUGACCUCUCAGUCUGAGGUAAGCAAGCUUUGCAAAUCUCUGAAAAACAACAAGGCCUGUGGAGUUGAUGGAAUCUACUAUGAACACUUGAAACAUGGAGGCUCAACUCUUCAUUAUUAUCUUUCUGAAUUAUUCAACAGAAUAUUCACUACAGGUUCUAUCCCAUCCCAGUGGAAGAAAGGUAUCAUCAUCCCAAUCUUCAAAGGCGGAGGCAAACCAAGGACGUCCCCAGAUUCAUAUAGAGAGUGA